GAAGAAGCGGGCAAUUCGGGAUGGUUCAGGGUCGGGCUUUUUCUUCCGGCGGUCGUGUUUUGGCCGUGUAGAUUGCUCUUGGUACAUUAUAUGACUGUGGACUGUUUCUGCGAAGUGAACUUACAAUAACGUGCUAGUUCAUUAGCGGAACUAUGUCUGCGUCUUUUUCUACACCCAAUUCACAAACUCCCUGCGCAACCAGUACAUCACCGACGGCAAAUGAGUCGCCACUGAGGUUUCACAGCAGUCCGUAUUCUGAAGCUCACCCACCACCGACGCAAUUAAUAAAACUCAACUCUCUCCCUGGACCAGCAUCCAUAAAGAAAGAAAAACUGCACACGUCGUCACGCUUCAAUGUUGGAGUUAACCGAGAGUUAACACCACUUCCCCUAAUUAAAGAUGCGGAUACACCGGGCAAACGUGAGGAGUUACUCAUUCAGAAAUUGAAUCAAUGUUGUGUGGUUUUUGAAUUUGUCCCGGACGUUCUAAGCGACCUUAAGGAUAAAGAGGUUAAACGAGAUGCUUUACAUGAACUCACCGAAUAUCUGGUUGAAAACACUGGUCCCAUUACGGAUGCGAUGUAUCCUGAGGUAGUGCGCAUGAUCGAGGCAAACUUAUUCCGUACUCUCCCACCGCCUACUAAUCCGUCUGGUGCUGAAUUCGAUCCCGAGGAGGAUGAGCCUACUUUAGAAGCAGCAUGGCCGCAUUUACAGCAACUGGUCGCACUACCAACAUUGCUUCUCGAGCCUGCCAAGUGGUUAGAGCGCGAAUUUACUGACCGGAAGGUCCGUGGUUCGAAUCCGACCUUCGCCACUCGACUUACCCUGUCUAGGCUUGGGCAACCUGGCAGUACCCCAGCCCUCGUGCUUCCUUCGGGUGGCAUGGCAGCUAGGCACCGGAAGGUUGGUUUACGACUUCCUGCUUCGAUUCCUAGAAUCCCCAAACUUCCAACCAAACAUCGCGAAACGCAGCUUCUUGAACUCUUUGACAGCGAAGAUCCCCGAGAGCGGGAUUUGGUGAAAACUAUAUUGCAUCGCGUUUACGGAAAGUUUCUUGGUCUCCGAGCCUUUAUUCGGAAGCAAUUUAGCAAUAUUUUUUACAAGUUCAUUUACGAAACUGAAUGUCACAACGGCAUUGCGGAGCUGUUGGAAAUCCUUGGCAGCAUCAUCAACGGAUUUGCUCUACCUCUAAAAGACGAACACAAAGUGUUCCUUAUGCGAGUUCUCCUCCCUCUGCACAAAGUCAAAUCGGUCAGUGUCUAUCAUGCCCAGUUGGCUUAUUGUGUUAUCCAGUAUCUGGAAAAGGACUCUUCCCUCACGCAACCAGUCAUUUUAGGUCUACUCAAAUUUUGGCCAAAAACUCAUAGUCCCAAAGAGGUGAUGUUCCUGAACGAAUUAGAGGAGAUCCUCGAUGUUGUGGAUCCAGCUGAGUUUCGCAAGGUCAUCAAGCCACUAUUUACACAACUUGCUAAGUGUGUUUCCUCUCCACACUUCCAGGUGGCCGAACGUGCGUUAUAUUUUUGGAGUAAUGAUUAUAUUCUUCAACUGAUGCAUGAUCAUGUGGAAGAGAUUCUACCAAUCAUGUUUCCUGCUCUCUUUCGCACGAAACAACACUGGAACAAGACCAUCCAUGGUCUGAUCUACAAUGCCUUGAAACUGUUCAUGGAGAUGAAUCAGAAGCUAUUUGACAGUUGCACACAAAAUUAUAAAGAAGAUCGCCAAAGGAGUCGGGAAGAAGCUAAACGACGGGAGCGGAUAUGGGCCUCACUUCAUCGAACAGCUCAGGCCAAUCCGCUCUAUCCAGUGAUCAUGAGUUCGGCCAAUCAAUCGGAUCCUGGAUCUGAGCAGAAUUAUUCAGACCGAAACGACACCGGUGGGGCGAGUUGCGGUAUUAGCACCGCUGGCCGAACCGGGGCGAUGGGCGACUAUAACACCCGCGAAUUCGAUGGUGGCAUCGAUUCUGGUGUCGGCGCAGAUGACGGUGUACUUGGUACGGACGAGGACGUCACCAGCUCUUUGCGACAUCUGAAACAAGAAGCGGAAAGUGAUCCUAAACUCAUGGGUAUGAUAAACGAACGUCGCCGUGAAACUCCUCCUAUGGUUUGUCGCAAAUCCGAACUCCCACAAAAUCAGUCUACCCUCCGCGCGUUGGAGCAACAUAAGCGCCCGGACGAAUAUUUGAAGACCCAGCCGGAUAAUUAAUACUACUGGUGAUAAUCGAUGGAUCAAGUUUUUUAGACGCGUACCCGUUGCUUUUCGAAUGCGAGGGACGUGUAGAGGUGGGUGACCAGGAUUACAUCCGCUUCAUUUCACUUCCUUUUCUCCCGCAUUCCAUAGUCCAGACUGUACAAGUGAUCACACCUUUUCUCCAUCUCCUCAAAUUGUUCUCACUCACGGUUGCCUGCUCAAGCCAACCUCCACCGUACAGUUGUUUUCACUGAGUACCCAUUUAUCCUGCAUGGGUUCGACAGAGCCCUGCUCGGAGUCACUGAAUUUAUGGUUCUCGUCUCCAACGACCCAAUUCCAACCGGGUCGCGAGAACAAAUGGUGUAUUUCAUGUAGUGCUCCAGAACCAUUUUUGCUCGGCCUAGCAUGCUUCCUUUCCCCUUACUUUUGUUCUCCAGCACCUGACUUGUAUUUCCACAUCACCAUUAGCACUGUCUUGUGAAAUACCCUUUAUUGAUUCAUGCACAGUUCUUCUGUCCUGAAGCGGUCUGUUAAACACAAUCUGUGCGACAAAUCGGGCAUAUUGCUUCCGGUCCGCUGAAUUUCCUUAUUUGGUAACUUCCUAUGGAUCGUCGUAGCAUUCACCCUUUCCUAUUCUCAUUUGCUUCCAUUCCAUCCUUUCGCAGUUCCGUUUCCUACUGUACCUCAUCUGCGGUUGACAGACAGCCACACACAUCAACGUCAUCCUCUUGCUUACAGUUCUAACACUGUUUGUGCCCGUUCAGGUUUCCAGUCUGAUUCGUGCUCCUAGUCCGAACUCAGUUUCACUCAGGUUGUAACCGCAUGUCUCUAAUUUAGUGAAGUCAUCCAUCUUCAGAUACAGUUGUGUAUUUUGGUAGUGUUCUUGUAUGCACAGAAGGGUAACGCCACUCCAACACAUUCGCCUAUCCCUUCCCUCCGGUUUCUGCCGUUCAGGGACACAAGAUACUCCAGUAAGCUCCCCCUUACGAUGAUAUUUCAGUUGUGGUAUGUAUCCCAUAAACUUGCGCCCAGCCUCUGCUUUCCAUCCUGUAUCCCACCGGUGUCAUGCAUUUGACUAUUUCGUGGACACUCCACCGCGGUACCAAUGAGUUGUGUCUUAUUAGCCUUUCUAUUUGUACGCUGUUCAUAAGAGUUCGGGUAUAUUGUACAUUUU